AAAAGGCUCAGUUUAAAACUGUUCUUAGUCACGUUCAGUAACUUCAUACACAAAAAUGGAACAUUUAAAAGAGACAAAAAUUAUGGAGUUUAACCCUUCGACUAUAGAAGAGGUUAGAAGAGAAUUAAAUCUAGACCGGGAAAGCAUGGAGCAGAAACUGAACAGUUUCGAAGAAUGGAUCGCUAAACAAAACCAUUUUACUAUGAAGAAUUUUAGUCGUCCAUAUUUAGAGUCCUGUAUAAUUAACGCAAAAGGAUCAUUAGAAAGAGCGAAAACUACUUUAGACAAACUGUGCACUUGGAAAACUUUGUUGCCAAAAUAUUUCGAAAAAUACAACUAUAAGGAUAAUGCUAUGGACACAAGUAGUGUUAUAACACACGUGUCAUUACCGAAACUCCUGAAGAAUAAUUACAGAUUAUACAUUGCAAAAUUCGUAUCUGAUCAAGUUGCUGAAGCACAAUUGAACUAUGAAAGAUCCACGAUUCUAAUGAAUGAAUACGCGAAGCUCCACGACUAUCGCCUGGGUUACGUGGUAGUGAUAGAUUGUAGAAAUAUAAACGUAGUACAAUUGGUCAGCAAUAUCAAUAUUUUGGAACUGCGUGAAGCGUUAUCUAUAGUGGUGGAUGGCUACGCCUGCCGUAUAAAGGACCUGCAUGUAAUAUCAGCAUCCAAAACUGUGGAAGUAUUUACUACUUUACUGAAACAACUGCUAAGCAACAAGUUAGCUGGCAGAAUUAAUGUGUUGAAGACUGUGGAGGAAUUGUAUGAGUAUGUGCCGAAAGAGAUGUUGCCUAAAGACUAUGGGGGGAAUGAAGCUACUAUGAUCGAGUUGUAUGAAAACUGGCGUUCAGAGUUAAGCACAGAAGAAAGCAUUGAGUUCUUGAAAAUGAUCUGCAAUGCUCGUACUGAUGAGAAACACCGACUGACUGAUCAGUAUAAUGAUCAGAUACUUGGCAUUGCUGGGUCAUUUAGGACCCUGUCAGUAGAUUAGAGGUUUCAGAAAAGAUCUAUAUAAUAUAUUAUCUGUAUACAAUGUGAUAG